UUUAAAUGAAUAUAUAAUAAAAGCAAACAAAUAUAAUCAAUCUGGGUUUGAUCUCUGAUAGCCGCUAUCAUCAUCAAAUCAGUAGCAAGGCAUCAUCAUGUACAGAACUGCGGUUUCGCGUCUCAGUGCUCUCAAGGGCGGCCGUAGAUAUCCUACAAGAUUUGCAAGUUCGAGUGCUGCAGCAGCCUUGCAAUCGUCCUCUUCCAGUGGUUUAUUCAGCUGGCUUACUGGGGGAAAGUCCAAGUCUUUGUCACCUCUAGACUUUCCACUUCAAGGAGUUGAACUCCCUUCCACUUCACCUGAUUAUGUUGAACCCGGGGUAACUAAGAUUACAACACUUGGUAAUGGCUUGCGAAUUGCAUCUGAAACAUCACCGAACCCUGUGGCGUCAAUAGGGUUAUAUGUUGACUGUGGCUCAGUUUAUGAGUCACCAGCAACAUUUGGGGCCACUCACUUGCUGGAACGAAUGGCAUUCAAAAGCACAAGAAACCGCAGCCACUUGCGAGUUGUACGAGAAGUGGAAGCAAUUGGGGGCGCUGUGCAAUCCUCAGCAUCCCGGGAGCAGAUGGGAUACACAUAUGAUGCUCUAAAGACUUAUCUUCCGGAGAUGGUUGAGCUACUUAUCGAUUGUGUGAGGAACCCUGUCUUCCUUGAUUGGGAGGUCAAUGAACAGCUUCAGAAGGUGAGAGCUGAGAUCAGUGAAGCUUCAAAGAACCCUCAAGGUGUGCUUUUGGGGGCGAUUCACUCUGCUGGUUUUUCUGGUGGUUUGGCUAAUCCACUUUUAGCCCCAGAAUCUUCAAUAGAUAGAUUGAAUGGUUCACUCUUGGAGGAAUUUGUAGUUGAAAAUUAUACUGCUCCUCAUAUGGUGCUUGCAGCUUCUGGUGUUGAACAUGAGGAAUUGGUAGCCAUUGCAGAGCCCCUUUUAUCUGACCUGCCUGAUAAAAAGAGUCCUGGAGAGCCAGAAUCUUUUUAUACUGGAGGUGAUUUUCGUUGCCAAGCUGAUUCCGGGGACCAGAAAACCCAUUUUGCUCUUGCAUUUGGACUAAAAGGUGGCUGGCAUAAUGUGAAGGAGGCUAUUACCUUGACAGUUCUUCAGGUUCUAAUGGGAGGUGGUGGAUCAUUCUCAGCUGGUGGCCCAGGGAAAGGAAUGUAUUCAAGGUUAUGUAAGUUCGAUGCCUGUGCCUGAUCUGUAAUGGACCUAUGAAUUGAUGCUAAAUAUAUACAUGGAUACAAGAACGUGUUACCAUUUCU